UGAAAGUUACCCAGUUACUUCUCUUCAACUUCUAGUCUAGAAAGUGUUGAUCUACAUCAUUUACAUGUAAGUUGAAAAAUGAAGGUGUCUUCAUACUGUGGAAAACUGUGUUGGCGAGUCUGAAAAAGAAAAAUUUUUACCAAAAGUGGCGCCAAGGCUGGAUGGAUAACGAAAACCGGCUUUUUACGGGUACGAGCGACGCGACGAGAAAUGGGCAGAAGUAAAGUGGAGCAGUUUGAGUACGUGAGCCAAGGGGAAGUGACCAAGUUGAAAUCCUUCCUCAAGAGACACCACGGCGAUCGCCGCCUGGAUGUGAAUGCUACGCUGCCGGGCAGGGCAAAUCGGCAGAGGACAGUGCUGCACGUGGUGUGUGCCAGCGGCGAUGACGCCAUGCUGCGGUUACUGAUGAAGUAUGGCGCCAGAGCACAUGUGCAGGACAGUUAUGGUGACACACCGCUACACCUAGCCCUGCAGCGGGUACGACAUGGCCACAAAUAUGCUGCCUGAUAAGAUUGUCGCAAACGAAUUGAGAACAUUUUUCAAAGACCUGAUUAUCAUACCAUCCUGCCAUCUAGUCAUCCAAAGGAUUGCUUAAUUUAUGACGAAACGGAUCACCCUACAAGCCAGUCAUCUUGAGACAGUCAUGCUAGAGAACCAGCAACCGGCCCGUUAUCUUGAGACAGUCAUGCUAGACAACCAGCAACCAGCCCGUCAUCUUGAGACAGUCAUGCUAGACAACCAACCAGUCAUCUUGAGCCAGUCAUGCUAGACAACCAGUAACAAGCCCGUCAUCUUGAGCCAGUCAGCCAGCAAGUCGCCAGACGCCAUGCACCUGCAUUCUUGCAAUUCUGCAUUAAUCAUGCAGUUAAAAAAGCG